AUGCAUCUGAUUGACCAGCUUCAUCCACAUCAUUGUAGCCCUUAUCCUCGACUCGGAUCACUGCUUUCUAGUAUCAUGAUCAAAUCCGUCACAUUAGGCUUAACUUCGAAGCCACUUCUGUACAAAAACUGUAUCCAAGUUCGUCCUCUUUCCAGUACUAGGGUCAUACUUGAAAAGAGUAAUUCCAAGGCCAAUAAAACUCCUGUGGACUUCAAUGCAAGACAUCUAGGUGUCUCUACUGAAGUAUAUGUUCCUCCAUCAAUUGGUAAUUUACCUAGCGUUUUUUCACACCCAGUUGUGGUAUUUAAUGCACUUAUAAGAAGGAUUUAUACACUAGGUUUGAACACAGUGCAAGUGGGUAUUUUCCGCUACCAAUCUGGAUUAAAACCAAAUUUCUUACUUUGGAAGAAUAGAGCCAUUCAAAACUAUGUGAAUGUGAAUACUGCAUUUGCCCAAAAAAAGGUUUCAAACGUCAAGUCUCAAAUUUCUCUAUGGGUGGAGGAAGCUCUUGAAGCCAGAUCAAAACAAUUACCCAAACAUAUGCAAUUGGAAUGGCAAUUGGUCAAAUUUAAUGAAGUUCCUAAAGUUGUUUCUGUUCAAGCGAUGAUGAUUCCUGGUAGACCAUUGGAACAUAUUCAAUUGAUCUACAGAUUUAAUACAAAACAGAGAUUAAUUAAGUUGAAUAAAAAAUCUGGUAAUACCGACAAGUUGGACAGAGACGUGGUGGAUUAUUUAGUUUAUCUUUGUGAUGCUUCCACCAACAACCUCAUUCUCAUGGGCUCCGUUUUCGAAAGUCGACCAGACAGUAAAUUACCAAAGAACUUAGAAGACAGUACUCAAGCCGCCAUCCACAGGAUGAAAAUGAGCGGAGACUUGUUCAGACUGCCCCCUCAAUGA